AUGCAAAAGUUAAUACUAAUUACAUCAUUAGUGGUUUCAAUUUUUGGAGAGAACACCAACUACGCCUAAACUAAUUGGAAUACUGUUUAAGGAACUUUGAGUAUGAAUUCAACCCUUGAGAACUAUGAAUAAACCUUAUGGUUAGUUUAUAUUUCAAUAGGUGUUCCAGCUCAAAAUUUUACAGUCUAAAUUGAUACAGGCUCUAAUAUUUUAUGGGUUCCUUACACUGAUUGUUCAAGAUGUGAUAUUUCAACUAGAUAUAAUCCUAAUGGAUAAAAAUAUUUUUAACCAAAUGGUAGUACUUAUUAUUAAGCCUACGGAAGUGGAGAAUGUAGUGGAUAUGUUGCAACAGAUAUUGUAAAUAUACAGGAUACAGUAAUAAAUACAACAUUUGCUAUGAUGUUUGCAACUAUGGAACAAGGUUUUGCAUUCCCUACAGUUAUGGAUGGUAUAAUGGGUAUUUCUAACAAUCAAUCAUUUACAAAUAUAUUUUAAACUUCUUUUAAUGCAGGUUAGAUACCAACCGAAUUGUAUGGCUUAGUAUUGAAUUAAUCUCCUUUAGAAUCUUAUUUGAUUUUUGGAGACAUAGAUCCUAAUUUAAUGAGUUAAGUUUAAUGGGUUAUUCCUAAUGAUAUUUAUAGAUGGAAAUUGUUUAUUAAUAGUUUUACUAUUAAUGGAAAAGAUUAUUCAUCAUUAAUGGGAUCUGUCUAAUCUGCAAUUUUAGAUUCAGGAACUACUGAUUUAUUAGUAACUGAAUCUCUUUAUGGAGUUAUCCUUUAAGAUUAUUUAAUACCUGCAGGUUGUUUUAUGAGUGGUGGUAUUUAUUGUCCUUGUUAAUCAACUGCUGAUUCUUUGGCUUACCUCCCAAAUAUCACAGUUUCAUUUAAUGUUGUUAAUGUGACAAUUCCCUUUUUCAACUUAUUAUAAGGGUACUAUGUAGCAGGUUAAUUUAAUAAAUUAAUAUAUUAGCUAGUGGAGAUGUCUGUCAAGUCAUGAUGUCUUAUUUGAGUGGUCCUCCUUUCAUGGUCUUUGGUGAUCCUGCAUUAUUAUCCAUUAUUCCUAUAUUUAAUAAGACAGCAAAUUAAAUUGGUAUAAUUGGAGGUGUUCCAAAUGGAAUUCCAAAUGGAGAUUAUCCUGGAAAUGAUGAAAUAGAUGAAGCUGAAGGAUGA